CGAGAAUUGAUGAGAUAACGUUGCGACUCGUAACAUGCAGUAAACGUGUGUUUGCAGUAUAGUAAGUCAAAAUUUGAACAAAUAAAAAAUACUUUUAUUUAAUUUUUUGAUUAGUUCUGAAUUUGAUUAGUGCUAACUAAUGACCAAUUAGCGUGAUAUAUAAAACUAUUAAAACGUUUAAACUUUAAAGGCUUUUAUCCGCAAUUUUGGAAAACUUACCAUUCUGCUUAAUUGUGAUGCGAUAAAUACAGUAUAUCAAUUAACAGUGAUGAAUUCGAUAAAAAAUCCUGUUAAAAAAUUUGCCAAUAGGAAAUUUUAUGCGCUUCCAGAUGACUACAAUAAAGCAUUUAAGCCUUCAAAUAAGUCUGCUGAUCCAGCAAGGCUUUUAAAAUAUGUAGAUGACAAUAUUAUUGGAAAAAAUUCAACUUUUUCUGGUCCAUUUGGAAGGAGAAAAGUUGUAUACUGCGACUACGCGGCUUCCGGAAAAUCACUUCAAUUUAUUGAAGACUACAUAUUGAGAGAAGUGUUGCCCGUUUAUGGCAACACACACACGACAACUAACGUUACUUCGCUUCAAUCUACACUUUAUAGACAUGAAUCCCGAGACAUCAUUAGGAAUGCUGUUCAUGCUUCCGAAGACGACGUAGUCAUUUUUGUGGGCAGUGGUUGUACUGGUGCUAUACAUAAACUGAUUCAUGCUUUGGACUUUGCUUCUGAUCCAGUAGCGCCGGUAGUUUUAGUAGGUCCUUAUGAACACCAUUCUAAUUUGCUUCCGUGGAGGGAAAUAGGCGCUACAGUAGUCCGUAUCGCUGAAACCAAGGAAGGAUUUAUUGACUUGGUCGAUCUUGAAAGUAAACUCCAGUUGUAUCAGUCGGUUAGUCCAACUGCCCAGCUGAUCGGAUGUUUUUCUGCUGCUUCUAAUAUUACCGGUAUACUUGCUGAUGAUAUCGCCACUACAUUGAUUCUACAUCAAUACGGAGCUCUAGCUUUCUGGGAUUACGCCACUGCGGCCCCAUAUGUGCUUAUGGAUAUGAACCCUCUGUUCCCGGCUAACGAUCAGGCCGUAUACAAGGAUGCUAUAUUUUUUUCGGGUCAUAAGUUCGUGGGAGGCAUACAAACACCAGGUAUUUUGGUGGCGAAGAAAAAAUUGUUUAAGAAUAAAAUACCUGUUGGUGGUGGCGGUGGUGGAACAGUAUUUUUUGUUUCCCGAAAAGAUCAUCGAUACUUGAAAGAUACAGAAAUGCGAGAAGAAGGCGGCACAGGAGCCAUUGUCGAAUCUGUGCGAAUGGGUUUAGCGAUGCAACUAAAGCAGAAUAUUGGUGUACCAUUCAUUAUGGCUAGAGAAGAAAAAAUUACCAAAAUGGUGCUAUCAUUUCUUCAAACAAUGCCAGAAAUAACAUUGUUAGGAAAUAGUUCCCAGUCGGUUAAAAGGUUACCAAUAUUUUCUUUAUUAGUGCGUCAUCCUCGUGGAGCAUAUCUUCAUCAUAAUUUUAUUUGUGCUAUUCUCAAUGAUGUUUUUGGUGUGCAAGCUCGUGGAGGAUGUGCUUGUGCUGGUCCAUAUGCUCAAGAUUUACUUGGUAUUGAUGAUUCAUUGGCAAUUGAUUAUGAAAACAUAUUGAUCGAAGAUAACCGUCUUGAUAGACAUCAUUUAAGGAGACAUGAAGAACAUUCUUCUUUCGAAAUGCUUCGUCCAGGGUUUUCUCGUAUUUCACUGCCAUACUUCAUGUCUGAUAAUGAAGUAUCUUUUGUGCUUGAAGCCUUAAAAAUGGUAGCUACUGAAGGUUGGAAAUUGUUGCCCCAGUAUACGCUAAAUCCUGAAACUGGAGAAUGGAAACAUCAUACUAAUAACGUUUUUCGUGAUAGAAAGUGGUUAGGUUCUAUCAGAUAUACAGAUGGUAAAAUGGUUUUUCCGGAACGUAAAACAUCUGUCCAAAAUACUUGCCCUGCUGAUUUUUCUGAAUGUUUAAAGACUGCCAGAAAUACUUUUAAUAAAGCUAGAAAAAUGGCCCAGAGAUUUCCAUUACCAGACCAGAGAAGUAUGUUCACUGAAGAAACUGAAAAGCUACGUUGGUUUAUGUUACCAAGUGAAGCUCAAGAUUUAUUGUUAGGUCAUUCUUCAAGACAUGUUAAACAGAGUGUUCCUUUCACUCCAACAAUGUUUUGUGGUUCUCCACGAACUUCAGAAUCUUCUCCUUCAUCUUCACCAAAUUCAUCUCUAGCUAGAUAUAAUAGCCUUUCUAGUGGUUUAGACAAUAGUUUGUCUGCACGUUUAAGAACUUCUAGUAGCAGUUCAGAUAUGUUGAAUCCUAAACAACAUCUAAGUCCAGUUGAAAUUGUAUCACAAAGAAAUCGAUGUUAUAGUUUAGGAUCUAACCCAACUCCAAAAUUUAAAAGAUUGCGAGAAAGGCAGUGUUCAUGUAGUAGUCAAACAGAGUUAAGUGAUUCAGAUUCACGUGUUUCCAAUGACACUAAUUUACCAGAUGGUGAUAUUCAAGCUUAUGUCCAUGAAAUGACUAAAGAAUUUGUUACAGAAAUAAAAUCUGAACUCAGAGGAGUCAUAGCUACAGUUGAUAAUGCAUUGUCUGAGAGUUCAGAAAGUCUAAAUGUUAUAGAAAAACGUUCUAGUAUACCAAAAGUGAUUAAGAAUAUGGCUAGAAAUAAUUCUGUACCAGUCAUUACCACUACUCCUUGUCAAAAUGGUAUUGAGGAAAAGGUUAUUUGUCGAUUGUCUGAGUUUGCAUCAGAAAUGAAAACUGAGAUUCAUGAUAUGGUAAGCUCUGUAUUGGCAUCAUCAUCAUCAUUAUCUGAUGACAACACUGAUACGAUAAUGGAAAAAGAAUCAGAUUCAGAGAGUGACAAAGAAAACAAUCUAAAACAUCCCAAUCUCAGUUCGACAGAUAGUGGCAUUAAUGUUAAGACUGAUUUACCUAAUCGAAAUUUGAAAAAAUAUAAAACUGAAUGUAUAGUUAAAAUGAAUUGCCAGAAGAGUGUUGAUUUUUCAGUUGCAAGAUGGCAUUGCCCUCCUAAACCUAUUUGGAAGCCUACUAUUGAAGCAAUUCGAGAGUUUGAUAUGAUACGUGAUGGAGAUAGUAUAAUGGUCUGUCUAUCAGGUGGAAAAGAUUCUUUAUCUUUACUACAUACUCUUCAUCAAUAUCAAUACUACGCUUCAUCAAAAGGAAUAAAUUUCACCUUAGGCGCUGCAACAGUAGAUCCUGGCAGUUCAGCUUACAAUCCUAGACCUCUUAUACCAUACUUGAAAGCUUUAGGAAUACAAUAUUUGUAUGAAGAACAAAAUAUUCUUGAACAAGCUACUUCUGCUGAAUGUAGUUCUAUCUGUAGUUUUUGCAGCCGUAUGAAACGUGGUCGCCUCUAUGCCACUGCACGAGCUAAUCGAUAUAAUGUCUUGGCUCUUGGACAGCAUUUAGAUGAUUUAGCUGAAAGUUUUUUAAUGUCUACUUUUCAUAAUGGUCGUUUAAGAUCAAUGAAAGCCCAUUAUUCAGUUAAGGAAAGAGAUUUACGAGUUAUUAGACCAUUUGUUUAUGUUAGAGAAAAAUUAUUACGAGAAUUUGCUGAAAAUAGAAAACUCCCAAUCAUUGAUGAAAAUUGCCCGGCAUGCUUUGAAGCACCAAAGGAACGCCAUCGUACCAAACAACUUCUUGCUCAACAAGAAAUAUUAUUUCCAAAAUUGUUUGCUUCACUAAAAUCUGCUCUGCGACCAUUGAUAAGUUUUAAACAAACGGGUGAAGAAAGCAAAGCAUACCAACGAAUGACAAUUGGAAGAAUUGAACAAAGUGAUAAGGAUUUUGAAGAAGAACCAGCUCUAUUUUAACUGCCAAAUCGAAACUCAUUAUUAUGAUAAUAAAACGAAAUUAUAUUUGUUGA